CUGUCUGCAGCUGACAGCUUCCACCAGACGAAGUUAUUGAACAAAGCAGUUGGGUUUUUCUCUUUCCCCGUCAGAUCCUGUCAACAGCAGCAGAGAUGACUGGAGUCUCAUGGCUGUUACUCUCAGCAGCCUUGUUGCUGCUUGCUGGAAACUCAGACUCUGUGGACCAGAACCUACUGGGGAACAUCGUACAAGAGAUCUGGACUGACUACCAUGCUGGACGCAUGUUCAGCAUGGCAGUCAGCAUUCCACGGAAAAACAGCAGGUACGACAUCAACCAAGUCUUGAACCGCACCAAUGGUAAAGACGUGAAGAACACAAUGAACAGUGGCACGGUGUACAAUCAAGGCAGGAUUGUUGCAGCAAUGUUUCAGCAGAAGACAGCGGAAACUGGACAGGACAUCCACGCAGAGUAUCGAGUCCUGCAGAACAUCGGCAACCUCGUCAACAACAGCAACAAUGAUUUUGCUCAUGAUUUAUUGAUUGUCUAUGUUCUUGCAUCGCCAUGUUACCACAGAUGUACAGUUCCCGAUGGUCCUGAUACCAUCAUUCCAUACUUAGAUGCAGUCAAGAGGUGGACAAAUUAUGCAUUUGUGUUUACUCAUGUAUUCAAAUCUAAGGAUCCAAAGCUACAAACGACUGACGAGGAGCUCAAGACAGCAGUUACAAACCUUGGAAAGGCCCUCGGCCUUGAAAACAUUUUCCGAUGUAAAAAAGACAACAACAAGAAGAUGGUGUGCAACAGCUGUUCUCAAAAUGAAAAAGUUGCAAGGUAUUGUAUUUCAGAUGAACCUGAUGACGGCCAAAACCUGCCAAGCAGUAGCAGAGGACGAGACAGGUCCCCCUUCACAACCCAUCACAGGAGGAGACAGGUCCCCUCACAACCCAGCAGACGAAGAAACAGGUCCCCUUCACAACCCAGAGGAAGAGGCAGGUCCCCCUCAAAACCCAGAGGAAGAGGCAGGUCCCCCUCAAAACCCAGAGGAAGAGGCAGGUCCCCCUCAAAACCCAGAGGAAGAAACAGGUCCCCCUCACAACCCAGAGGAAGAAACAGGUCCUCUUCACAACCCAGCAGACGAUGAGACAGCAGAAGUAAGUAGGGACAGUUCACCCUCACAGAGAGACCCUUUAAUCAACAGGAGUAGUCCUGAUGUCCAUUCAUGCAGUGGCCAAGGUGAAGCUAUAGAGAAAAUUGUUGUGCAAGAAUCUGUGGAGCCCUUGCUGCCUGCUUUAGGAGCUGCUUCGGGCAACAGUCACCCCUCCACAACAAGAAAUCUAGUGAAGUCAAGUUUAUUUAUAUAGCACAUUUACAAACGGUAUAGCCGUGCCAAAGUGCUUCACAAAAAGUGCAAAGAAUAAAAGCAAUCAUAAAGGUAAAACGACAAAAUUAAUAGACAAUCAUUGAAACACAUCUCCAACUCGAACACAAAAGAGACUAGAGACAGGGUAAAAGCUUGCUGAAGGCCAAAGAAAAGAGGUGGGUCUUCAGAAGUGAUUUAAAAAUUCCCACAAACACAGCUACUCGGCAAUGGGGGGGGAAGGGAGUUCCAGAAUCUGGGGGCUGCCACAGAAAAGGCUCUGUCCCCCCUGGUUUUCAACCGAGACCUGGGAACGGCAAAAAGGCGUUGGUCAGCCGACCGUAAUGCUCUGGAAGAGUUGAGGGGGCGGAGAAGAUCGGCCAGGUAGGGUGGGGCAAGAUGAUGAAGCGAUUCAAAAACUUUAAAGGAUUAAAGGAUUUUAAAAUCAAUGUGGUAGCGGAUGGUGAGCCAGUGAAGGGAAGCGAGAACCGGGGUGAUAUGAGCGUGUUUUUUGGUAAGAAAUGAGAAAAACUAUUUCAGCUCCCAAAACAGCAACAUUUAUUCAUAUUUUUAAUAUUUUUAAUCAACAUUCUGCUACAGCUGCUAAGCAACUUGACGAUGUUUGAAGCACACUCUGUAGCUGUUUGACUGCACUGACACAAGCUGUGUGUCUCCAAAGCAUUUUUAAAGUUAUAUUCU